AUGACGAUUCUUGAGCUCAACAAGUUCAUGCGAACAGCGCGACAACAUAGAGUGGUGCCAACUAUGCUCCUUUACAGAAGGCGACGGAACGGUGGAGACCAUUUCCAGGCACUCAAAUUCGAGGAUCACCUCUACCAAGACUUCUUAGUUCAGGAAACGACGCGCGUACACCCAAACAUGUGCGAGCGAAUGGAUGACGUCCAUAGUAUCCUGAAUAUGCCGCCAGUCGACGCUAGCCCUCAAUGGGAAUUUGAUUUACAAGAGGAUGAGGAGAGGCACGAAGCUGCACAACAACUAAUGUCAACAUCUCAGGAUGGAACGACCGUGGAAGAUUGA